GAUUGGAAGAGCGAAGAAGUGUUGGCUUCGAUCAGAGAUUGUUUUGUGACCGGGAAGUGGAGCGACACCGAAGACGCCAACAAACUAUUGGCCGCCGAUAACGACAACGCCGUCGAGGAAUCGGACGAAGAAUUAUUCGGAGAUUUUGAGGAUUUGGAAACCGGAGAAAAGCAUACGAACGAAGAGAACGAAGAAAUUGAUGACAAAGAGGAACCAAAUAAAGAGUUGAGUGAAACGGAAAAGCGAAUGGAGAAGAAGAGGCGGAGGAAAGCCAUGUUUGACUCGGAAUAUGACGGUAAGGGCGGAGAAGGAGCCGAAGAGAAGACUUUUCUAGAAUUAGAGAAAGAGAGACUCGAAGAACAGAGUCGGUUAAAUAGAAGUGAAUUCGAGAACAUGAGUGAAGAGCAGAGGAUAGAGUUCGAGGGCUUCAGAGCCGGACUGUAUUUGAGAGUCGAAUUGGAGAACAUUCCGAGCGAAUUGGUUGACAACUUUGACGCCAGCUAUCCGUUGAUUGUGGGCGGACUUCUCAGCGGUGAGACGAGCAUUGGUUUUGUUAGAGUGCGCAUCAAAAAGCAUCGCUGGUAUAAGAAGAUACUGAAAACACGCGAUCCACUCAUCCUAUCGCUCGGUUGGAGACGAUUUCAAACACAGCCCUUGUAUUCAACGCAAGACGAUAACGGACGCAAUCGACUCCUUAAAUACACGCCUCAACACAUGCACUGUUACGCCUCCUUUUGGGGACCGAUUACACCCCAAAACACGGGCUUUAUUGCCGUCCAAUCGGUGUCCGAUGUGAGCGCCGAUUUCCGAAUCGCCGCCACCGGUGUUGUACUCGAUAUCGACAAGUCGUCCCAAAUUGUGAAGAAACUCAAACUAUUGGGAAAUGCCGUCAAAAUAUACAAAAAGACUGCUUUUAUUAAAGGCAUGUUUAACACAGCGUUAGAAGUGACCAAAUUUGAAGGCGCGGCCAUCAGGACUGUGAGCGGCAUAAGGGGUCAGAUCAAGAAAGCGAUUCGCGCGCCUCCCGGAGCCUUCAGAGCCACUUUUGAAGACAAAAUAUUGAUGAGUGAUAUUGUGUUUCUGAGGACGUGGUAUACAGUAGUGGUGCCUAAGUUCUACACAACCGUCACAUCGCUAUUACUGCCGCCAAACGAAAAGCUCAAAUGGCAGGGAAUGAAGACUGUGGGCCAACUGAGGCACGAACAGGGCUUACACGCGCCCAACAAUGAGGACUCGCACUACACGCGCGAAAUAGAGCGCAAAACAUUCAAUUUCAAACCCUUCACAAUACCAAAAGCACUGCAACGAGAGCUGCCUUUUAAGUCAAAACCUAAACUCUUACCCAAAAAGGAGAAUAAAGUGAAGAGAGUGGCAGUGGUUAGGGAUCGUGAGGAACAACAGACUCAUAAUCUAAUGAAAAUGAUUAGAGCAUCGCAUCGACACAAAAUCAAGAAAGAAAAGGAUGCGAUGGCUGUCAGAGUGUCUAAACAUAAGAAAGAAAUGGCAAAAAUCCAAAGCGGAAGAGAAGACAAACAAAGAGAGACUAAAAAGAGAAUAUUUCGGGCGAAGAGUCAAAAGAGCAAAAAACCCAGCGAUUAAUUGAAUUAGUAUUUAUAUUUUGAUAAUUGAAUAAAAUAUGAAAAAUCAUUAUUAUUUAAAAGUAUAUAAAAA